AUCCACUCACUGCUUGUGGUGCCCGACCGAAUUGAGUGUUCGUCUGCAAAACUUCUGACACGCAGCAAUUUUCACACAAGACGCAGGCGUUGAAGGUAAUGUAAGGUCGCAUCAUGGCCAUUCAAUACCUGAUCCUGCUCUCAAGGCAGGGCAAGGUCCGCCUUGCAAAAUGGUUCACUACCCUCAUUCCCAAAGAUAAGGCCAAGAUCGUCAAGGAUGUCACUCAGGCAGUCCUGGCCAGGCGAACACGCAUGUGCAACUUCUUGGAAUACAAGGAUACAAAAAUCGUCUACCGUCGCUACGCUUCGCUUUUCUUCAUCGCAGGCUGUUCCUCCGAUGACAACGAGCUCAUAACGCUAGAGAUCAUUCACCGAUAUGUCGAGCAGAUGGACAAGUAUUACGGGAACGUUUGCGAACUCGAUAUUAUCUUCUCUUUCACCAAGGCCUACUACAUUCUAGACGAGAUCCUGCUCGCCGGCGAGAUGCAGGAGAGCAGUAAAAAGAAUAUAUUGAGGUGUAUAUCACAGCAGGACUCGCUGGAAGACAUGGAGGUCGAGGAUGAAGUGACGAGGAUCAUGUAGUCAAGUCGCCGAACACGAUAAUUUCUCCUCUUUUCCCUCCACUCGAAUGGCCUCUCAAGCGAUGCAACACCUCAGACACCAAUUUGCCAAUCCUCGAGGAACCCGAACAAGUAAACUACUUGAUAUGCUAUCUGGUCAACUAAUGUGGACAAUUACGGGCUCGGCAAAUAGGACGAUGACCAGAGGAUUGUCUCAAGGCUUAAGGAGAACGGAUACAUUUGAAUGCUAGCCCCGAACACGAUCAGGACGGCAACCACGAAUCGAUGAAGACGUGCGACAAUAGAGAUGGGCGACGGGCGACGGACGUUGAAGGAAGGACAGAUUAGUCUUCUUGAGGCCCAUUUCUGGAUCUUGAUUGCCUAGACCAUUACGGAGGAUGCCAAACACCCUCUUCAUGUGUAUGCAAUGGACUAGAUAGACCUAUGGGGAAUCAUUUCCCUAGACAUGUACUUCUGCCCGUUACCGUGCGGUGCGCCAUUAUGCGGCUCAUGCAUCCGCGAAACAUCCCAAUUACGACCAAACAACUUUUCUUCGGUUCAUCGACAAAGAUACCCUGUGCAGCAGGUGGUUCUGAUGGUGUGCCCGUGGAUGCGAUCGUAUUGUCCAUGGAUUGCUGUCGCAUCAUUUAUUUGCGCGACUACUGGAUGGAGGGCAUGGCGCAAAAGGAGGUUCUUGUUUGUUGUGGAAUCCAGAGUCUUGAUGAAACAAGCUGUGGCCUGGAUCCCCUAGGUUUCUCCAGGAGCUGGGUCGAACUCUCAGUGCGACUCAUGUCGCUCAUCCUCAAUACAACGUUAUCUACACUUUAGUUUAAGUGGAGAUGUUACAAUCUAACAGCAGUACUAAUGUAGGAAUAUGUUGACCAGUCGGCGAGCAACGUGGUGCGCUUGGGGUAUCUGCCGAUGUUCCCCGCGAGCCAACCCGUCAACCCCG